AUGUCCUCUAACAACAACGACAGUUCUGCUUUAAGAAUGGUACUAAUUGGUCCACCAGGUGCUGGUAAAGGUACUCAGGCUCCAAAUUUAGUUAACAAAUUCGGUGCCUACCAUUUAAGUACUGGUGAUAUGCUAAGAUCUCAAGUUUCUCAAGGUACCCCAUUAGGUGUUGAAGCUAAGAAGAUCAUGGACCAAGGUGGCUUAGUCUCUGAUGAUAUUAUGAUCGGUAUGAUUAAACAAGAAUUAUCCACAAAUCCAACUUGUUCUACUAAGGGCUUUAUCUUGGAUGGUUUCCCAAGAACUAUUCCUCAAGCUGAAAAAUUAGAUGAAAUGUUAGAUAAUUUAAAGGCCCCAUUACAAAAAGCCGUUGAAUUAAAAAUCGAUGAUGAAUUAUUGGUUUCUAGAAUUACUGGUAGAUUGGUUCAUCCAGCCAGUGGUAGAUCUUAUCAUAAGAUUUUUAACCCACCAAAAAAACCAAUGACUGACGAUGUUACUGGCGAGCCAUUGAUUCAAAGAAGCGAUGACACUGAAGAUGCUUUAAAGAAAAGAUUGAAUUCUUACCACAAGCAAACUGAACCAAUUGUCCAAUAUUAUAAGAAUAAAGGUAUCUGGUCUGGUAUUGAUGCUGCACAAGAUCCAACUAAAGUUUGGAAUGACAUUUUGAAAUGUUUGGGUUUUUAA